AUGUCGCUACAGAAUAUACCACCGUCAGUUGCAAAACUGGUGAAACCACUCAUCCAGCGCGCGACUGAGGUCCAGCAGCUGGACCCCUCCAUCUCCUACUUUUGCAAGUUCCAUGCUGCAGAUUUAAUUCUGACCCAGGGGCUCCACAAAGAAUCAGCGGAGGUGGCCACAUUGGCAAUGGAGCUUCUGGAUGACGUUGAAAGCAUCAAGAAGGAAGCCUCACCAGAAGUACUAGAGAUCAUCAAUUCAAAAGAGGCUGGUUAUGCUCAUGUGGAGCAGUUUGGUGUUGCAGUAUUCAACAGAGCAUUUCUGGAUGUUCGCGAUCACCAUACUACUCGUGCUACCAUAGAUAAGUUCAUGGCCAGUGUGGUGUUUCUGGGGUUGUUGAAGCAGUGGGACGCUGAACUUGCUGACGACAUUGCCAUGAAAUUGAGAUUUGCAAAAUUCCACGUGGCCAGGAUUGCACGGACACUCAAGGCGGGUGGUGAUCCUAAUGAUUAUGAGAUGGAAGGUGAGAAAAGGGAGGAGGAGGAGGAUAAAGAGACGAACUUGACGACUGAUACAAAUGUUGCUGAAUCCCAACAAGAGUCGAAAGCAGAGCCAGAAAAAACACCAGAGCCAAAAUUUGCACCUGAAGUCUCUCCACCAGACCUCCCAUCUGCCCCAUUGGACACAGACUCCACGCCCAAAUUGCCGACAGCUCCACGGUUCAUAGAUGGAGUCGAAUCCAGUCUUGGAUUGCCAAAACCCCCUAGGUUUAUUGAGAAUGAUGCCAACAUGGGUCUACCAAAGGCUCCACGUUUCAUCGAUGACGACUUUGAAGUUGCACCGACUGCGCCGGUUGAACCGUCUGAGACGAACACACACCCUGACAAGCUGGGACUGCCCAAAACACCAACCGAGUUAAAAGAUGCGGAAGGGGAGAAAGAUGCCAAAGAGUCACCAAAAGACCAUGAGGUUGGUGAGCCAGAAAAGAAGGCCAAACCAGAAUUGUCACCAACUCCAAGGACUAGACAGGCUCCUCAACCAACUAAACCAGCUAUAGCGUCACCACCUACUAUUCAUCCUUCUAAAAAGGACAUUGAAAAGAUGAUCCUCGACGACGAGGUCAUUUCCAAAGCACAGAAACACGCGAAGUUCGCAAUUUCCGCACUCAACUACGAGGAUGCUGCUACGGCCAUCAAAGAGCUUGAGGCUGCGCUCAGUCUGCUCAAAGCUUCGUCAUAA